AUGACUCACCUGCACGCUGCACGAGGAUGGACAAGGUCACUACGACUCCUGAAGACGGCCAAGGCCACCCAGUCCGUCCCUGGAGCUCGCCGUAUUCACGCAACUGCGAUACAAAAAACAGAUGGAGUCUACAAAGAACUUACAGAGAUGCGUGUACGAACGCCUUGGAUCGAGGCGUUGCGGAAGAGUAAGGAGACAGGAAACCAGUCUUCUGCUGCGCCACAGGACCCUCCAGAACCAGACCUCACGCCGAAGAAGAUGUCUGAUAGUUACGUUAGAGUUGUACUGCCUUUGCAAGACGAUCCGUGGAUGUUGGACACUUAUGCCAACUACUCUGGACAGCUACGCACCGGUGCCUUGCUGAUGGACCUUGAUGCUCUCGCCGGGGUCGUGGCAUACAAGCACACGGGAGAGGGUGUUAGCACCGUCACAGCAGCUGUUGACAGAAUCACCAUUAAAAACCCGUUGAAGGAGAUCUGCAAUCUCGAGCUAAGUGGUCAAGUCACGUAUGCGACCGGUAGGUCGAGUAUGGAGGUGACUUUGCAGAUUGCGAAGGCCCCAGAAAACGAUCAAAUGGUCAAACCUGAGGAUGUGUUGAUGACUUGUGCAAUGACAAUGGUCUCGCUGAACCCGUUGACCAAAAAGCCUGUCAAGAUUGCACCGCUAACCCUUUCGACUCCUGCAGAACGAGCCUUGUACGCUCGUGGAGAAGAUAAUUACAAGAGCAAACGAGCCUUGAGAGACUCCAACAUUAUGCAGAAGGCUCCUGAUGCUCACGAAUCAACACUCAUUCAUAAGAUGUGGACCGAGAACAUCGCAUACGCCGAUUCAAGCAACCCGACCAGCCAGCCAGCGAAUUCUGUAGCCAUGUCGAAAACAGUGAUACACUCGACCCAAAUCAUGCAGCCUCAGAACCGCAAUCGGCAUCAUUUCAUGAUUUUUGGAGGCUAUCUCCUCAAGAUCUCCUUCGAGCUGGCGUUCACCUGCGCUGCAUCAUUCUCACACACCAGACCGAGAUUCAUCAAUCUAGAUCCGAGCACAUUCGAAAACCCAGUGCCAGUGGGUUCUGUCCUGUACACAGGCGCCAGUGUUACCUACACCGAACGGGAUCCUAACGGAGGCUCGAGAAUCCAGGUCAUGGUGCGCACUCACGUCCGAAAUGUGGAGCACGGAGAGAAUGAGAGAAAGUCUACUGGCUCCUUUUUCUACACUUUUUGGUCCCCGGCCGACGUGGACGUCUUACCCCAGAGCUAUGGGGAGUUCAUGAUGUGGGUCGGUGGGAGGCGCCGGGCACAAAGACUUGCCGCUAUGAUGGAAGCUGAAGCUAAGACCGACGGUGCCCAAGUUCUUGGUACUGCAGACAACAACGUCACCGAAUGA